AUGGUUACAUGUGCUAUUCAGCAGCGAGAAGCUGCUUCGGUUACAAACUAUCACCACCCGUGCUGGGCAUUUAAGAAAGGCCGACAAGGCCUUUUUCCGGCCGAUCACUGUAUUAAAAUCAUCGGACAUAGAGCUGCGGUGACAAUUUCUUCAAUUGCAGCUGAAAACGCAUCAAAAACGAUGAUAAUCCGAACGUGUGCCCUCGACUCAGGAACAUUGACUGCUGACACUGGUUAGUC